GGUCAUUCCACUCGACGGAACCCAUUUGGCCUUGGGGUUUUCAGAUCGCCAUAAAAAACGUUUUCUAGGGUUUGCGAGUCUUCUCACCGCGCCAACCCUUUCGAGGCUGAAGAGAGACGGGAUCGGGACUCCUUUCGUCGUUUCCUUCUCUCCGUCAAAAUGGCUACGGUUCCUGGACCACUUGUCUGGGAGAUUGUGAAGAGAAACAAUGCUUUUCUUGUCAAGCAGUUCGGUAACGGCAAUGCCACCGUGCAGUUCAGCAAAGAGUCCAACAAUCUCUACAAUGUGAAUUCCUACAAGCACUCUGGUUUGGCGAACAAGAAAACGGUUUCCAUUCAGCCAGGAGGGAAGGACCUCUCUGUCGUUCUUGCGACAACGAAGACAAAGAAGCAAAACAAACCUGCGAAUCUGUACCACAAGUCAGCCAUGAAGAAAGAGUUCCGUAAGAUGGCAAAGGCAGUCAUGAACCAGGUGACGGAGAACUACUACAGGCCAGACUUGACCAAAGCAGCUCUUGCAAGGCUUAGUGCUGUACAUCGCAGCCUCAAGGUUGCCAAGUCUGGUGCAAAGAAGAGGAACAGGCAGGCUGUUAAAGUAAAAUACUAGGUUUCUGGAUGGUGUUCCAGUUGCCUUGAUGGGGUGUUCUCCAACAUUUAUGUUUUUGUUCUGAAGAGUUUUGUUGAAGACUCCUCAAGUAGAAUCGUGAGACUAUUUUCUUCCUUUUCAAUUUUACCUUUCGUUUUCUGGGAAAUUAGUUUAAUUUCGAGACGCCUUAUCUGCUUUGGCACAUUUUAAGUUGGAAACAAUCUCAUGAUUAGAUGAUUUUAAGCCCUCCGUUCUUUUAUCGGUAAUCCAUCUUAUCACUUGGUGAUUCUA